AUGGAAUGUCAGACUAAAGUUAGAGCAUAUCGUUUUAUCGCAUAUUCGGCUAUCACAUUCAGCUUCAUCUCAGUAAUUUCGGUGAGAACUUUUUUUUUGGAAAUUAGAAAUUCAAUAAUUAAAAAAAAUGUAGGUAUGCCUCUCACUUCCAAUGAUAUUUUAUUAUAUUCGAACGAUGAAAACUUCUAUGCAAAGAGAAAUUAAUUUUUGUCGUGUAAGUUAGAAUAGCUCACAGCUUCUCUCAAAAAUAUGUUUCCAGGAUUCCGCCAAAGAUAUUUGGUCAGAAGUUCAAAAUUUCAAACAACUUCCACGUAACCGUACAACACGUCAAGCAUACUAUACGAAUUCGGGAAGUUCAAAAGAUCCACCGCCUCCAUCUCCAUACGAUGCUCCAUUCUACGCCGAGCCUGAUGAAUGUGAUGGUUGUUGUCUGCCAGGUCCUCCAGGGCCUCAAGGUCAAGCUGGACGUCCGGGUAGACCGGGAAAACCUGGGAUCCCUGGAAUGCCGGGAAAUCCCGGGCGACCUCCACAACAACCAUGCGAACCUAUCACCCCUCCACCUUGCUCGCCUUGUCCAGUGGGAGCUCCCGGGAAGCCUGGCCCUCAGGGCCCACCUGGCGAUCCUGGUAAUCCAGGUCCUGCAGGCUUGCGAGGCCUUGAUGGCGAGCCAGGUGAUCUUGGAUCACCUGGUCCUCCAGGAGAACCUGGACUUCCUGGAUCGCAAGGUGCACCUGGUCAACCAGGCCGACCUGCAGACCCCGUGCCAUUUGUUCCCGGCGAACCUGGACCUCCUGGAGAAGCUGGGCCACCCGGAGCACCUGGAGAGCUAGGAGAAAUCGGAGAGGAAGGUCCACCAGGCCUUCCAGGCCUCAAAGGCCCCGCGGGUGCUUCUGGUAUACCUGGAAAUGAUGGUCCUCCAGGAGCUCGCGGUCCUCCUGGGCCACCUGGGAAUUCAGGAGAACGUGGAAUCUGUCCGAAAUAUUGUGCGAUUGAUGGCGGUGUGUUUUUCGAAGACGGAACAAGGCGUUAG